AUGGAGCGCGCAAAUUCAUUGACUCGGAAACUCGAAGCUUGGAUCAGCAUUCAGCACCUUUACAUGCCUACAGUAGCCCCGCUGCGUGCACGUCAGGAUAGCACGAACACAUCCCCGGUUGCUGUUCAGGAUGUCAAGCUCUUUCUGCCGUCAUCACUGCCACGAGGAAUAUUAUCGGGGAUCAACUUCUUCCGCUAUGAGUGGGACUUUCGGUAUGCUCAGGCCGAGGAAGAGUUAAACUCCCUGCGCGGUUUUCUCCUGCUCCGUUCGCACAUGUUGAACUCAAAGCAACGGUUUUCACGAGGACAACGACAGAACACAAGAAGCCAAAAGCUUCUCUCCAAUGUAGAUGAGAAGAUUCGCGCAAGCGUUGCGAAGUACCGACAUAUCCGCCUCGCGCUUGAUUCACUCUCUGGCCCUUUGUUAGAAACCCGAUGGCGAGAAACCCUCCGACCGUUAGAAGAGGCUGACGUUUCUGGGCUCAGCUCUAUGGAUAAUUCUGGAAGUGAAGGCCGGAAGAGGCUCUCCUGGAUCUGGAAGGUUCACGGCACGGGUGCAAAUGCCGACGAAUGCACACAAUUAGCGCUUCGAAUCGAAUGGUGUAAAGCUCGCGCACGCGCCCAUAGAUGGCAAGAAGAGUGUGUACUUCUUGCAGAAGAGAUGCGUCGCGUCAUCGCAUUCUUCCAAUGGCAAUGUCGAUGGUGGAAGGCACAUAUGUCAAAUCUUUCCUCAACAGACGAUACGCUCACUGAGGGUCGGUAUGCGUAUGCAAUGCGGCAGGCCAACAUGAGGGAUGAAAUUGGAGCCCACUGUGAGCGUGAAUGGGAAGACUACCGGGUAAAGCUCGUUACUAUGGAGGGCCGCGAUGCAUACGCGAUGGUAGAAUGUCAUUGA